CCUUCCAUUCGUUACACAUUUUCUACACGUUGUUCAUGAACUCCAGCCAGGACGGGGGCCAGUACAUUGUGGUGGUAUACAUAGACAACCAGCUGGCAGCUCGUUUUGACCCCACCACCAGAAGAUUGUUGCCUCAAGUGGCCUGGCUCCUUAAUGUGACGGAAGAGGACUCUCAUAUCUGGGAUGAAACAUCUCAGAGAGUGGACAGAACAGAGUCGUUGUUCAGGAAUGAACUCCAUAUCUUGCGCAUCUACCACAACUCCAGCAGAGCAGGGUUUCACAGCUGGCAGAACGUGAUUGGCUGCGAGCUGAGCGAUGAAGGCCAGAAGCAGGGCAUUUACCAGUAUGGCUAUGAUGGGGAAGACUUCAUCAGCUUGGAUCAGAAGACCCUCUCUUGGACUGCAGUCAGUGUCCAUGCUCAGGAGCUCAAGAGGAGGUGGGAAGCUGAGCCUUCAAUCACCCAUAGCAGGAAUUACUGUUUGGAGAACAACUGUGUUGAGCUCCUUCAGAAGUGCAUCAUGUACGGAAAGGAUUCCCUUCUGAGGAAAGAACCCCCAGUGGCUGAAUUAAUGUGCAGCAUCCAGUACAAGAGCCUGGUGAGCUGCGACUGCAAAGUCUAUGGCUUCUAUCCCAAAGAGGUGAAUGUCACCUGGAGGAAGGAUGGAGAAGUCUGGAAGGGAAAUACCUCCAGUCCAGGUGUUCUUCCAAACUCAGACGGGACCUACCAUACUUGGCUGAGAAUCGAGGUUGACCCGGAGGAGAAGAGGGACCAUUACCGCUGCUACGUGGAACAUGCUGGGCUGCCGGAGCCUCUGAUCAAGGCCUGGAAGAAACCUGCCACCAGCCAGGAAUUUGAAAUGUAUCCAAUGCUUGAUUGUAUCCCUCUGGUAAUGCAACUUAGAAUUGCAUUAGUCUUUUCAGGUUCCCAUUCAUUGCGCAUUUUCUACACGCUGGUCAUGGGCUCCAGCCAGGAUGUGCCACACUACAUUGUGGUGGCGUAUGUGGACGAUCAGCUAGCUGCACAUUUUGACUCCCAUACCAGAAGAAUGUUACCCCAAAUGGCCUGGCUACAUAACAUGAAGGAGGAGGACUCUCAUUUCUGGGAUUUGACAUCACGGAGAGUGAGCACCACGGAGCGGCGAUUCAAAACUGACCUUGCCAUCUUACACAGUUAUCACAACUCCAGCAAAGGGUUUCACAGCUGGCAGCGCGUGAUUGGCUGUGAUCUGAGAAAAGAUGGCCACCGGAGUGGGGUCUACCAGUAUGGCUACGAUGGGGAGGACUUCAUCAGCUUGGAUCAGAAGACCCUCACCUGGACAGCAGUCGACAUCCGUGCUCAGGUGACCAAGAGGAGGUGGGAAGCUGAGCCUUUCAUCGCCCAGAGCAGGAAUAACUUUUUGGAGAUGGAAUGUAUCGAGCUGCUUCAGAAUUGCAUGGUGUAUGGAAAGGAUUACCUGCUGAGGAAAGAGCCUCCAGUGGUGAAGGUAACUCGCAGGAUCCAAUACAGCGGCAUGGAGACCCUCGUCUGCCAAGUCUAUGGCUUUUAUCCCAAAGAGAUGGAUGCCACCUGGAGGAAGGAUGGAGAAGUCUGGGAGCAGGACACCUUCCGGGGUGGUGUCCUUCCAAACUCAGACGGGACCUACCAUGCCUGGUUGAGCAUCGAGAUUGACCCGAACGAGAGAGACCGCUAUCGGUGCUAUGUGGACCACGCCGGGCUGCCAGAGCCUCUGAUCUUGGCAUGGGCAGAACCUGCCUUUUUGCCCAACAUGGGGCUCGUGGCCGGAGUCAUUGGGGUUGUAGUGGCCACAGUCUUUGUUGCUGUUGGAGUGACUGCCUACGUCAGUAAGUAUCUCUUGGGUGGGCACAGGGUGUGUCAUUCGUAGAACGUGGGAG